UAACAAAAACCAGAGUAGCCCAUCGUUUACGUUAACUUGAUUUGGAAUAAUCGAGCUGGGCAGCAGCUAUGGGGGCAGGGCAUGAUUAUUUCUUCUGACAUCAAAAAACACAUUGUUCGAUAAACAGUUCCGCUCAAAGAAGACCCAAUGUAUCACAAAGAAAAGAGCAUCCAAAUCAAAAACAGCGCGUCAGCGUUGUACAACAACCUCAGCGUGCUGCGCAUCGCACCGAGGCGCCUCACCCACUUCACGGUGGUUCAUGCUAACAUGGUCAACAUGGUCAGCGCGUCCUGGGACGGCCUGAACUACACCCACCGUCAGCUGCAGUCCAAAGAGCCUAAUGUUGCCACAAGCACAUCGCUUAUCAUGCAGGCUGCAUUUUGUGUACUCCCCUCUCGUGAUUUGCUUGUUUUGACAUCUCAAAAGGGCAUCCAGAUGUAUGAAUCUGAUGGCUCCAUCAUGGUGUACUGGCAUGCACUAGAUACUCCAGAAACACCUACAGCACAGGCAGUGUUCGCCCGAGGGAUAGCAGCAGUGUAUGAGAAUUAUAUAUGUGUGGGAGUUUCAUCUGGUGCUUUUUUAGUAUUUGAUGUUCCCAGUAAAGGAAGUAAUAUUACCUUGUCAGAGGUCCUGGAGGAGCACAAAGAGUCCAUCACUGACAUGGCUUCAGAGUGCUCUGGCAGCCAGGAGUGCAUAGCUAAUCUUGUCACUGCUGAUGAUGAUGGCAACCUAUGUGUGUGGAAGUCUGGGGAGGAGUUUCAGCUUCUCAACAAGAUCCCUGGUUUUGAUAUGAGCUGCUCAUCUGUCAAAUUGUGGAAGGGCACAGUGGUGGCAGGUUACGGCACAGGCCAGAUUCGACUCUACGAGGCAGUUACAGGAAUUUUGCACGCUGAGAUCAAUGCUCAUGCUCGCUGGAUAUACUCAGUGGAUGUUGCUCCUUUCUCUGGAUUGCUUUUGUCUGCUGCUGAGGACUCUCUAGUCAGGGUAUGGCACAUGACUAUCAACCCAGACACCAACAGUGUGGAGGUUGCUCAUUUGCAUAAUGAGUGUGUGACAGAUACACAGAUCUGUGGUGCUAAGUUCUGUGAUGGCGAUGGCUAUGCCUUUGCAGUGACAGGCUACGAUCUGAGUGAGAUUAUCCGCUACAUCCAGUCAUAGGACUUUACCUUCAUUGUAUUAAUUGGUAUGUUUGGUAUAUUGAACAUAGUUUUUUUUUUUUUUUUUUUAGAGAAAAUAUAUCUUGGUAUCCAUUCGUGAAAAGCUGGGAAACUGUGUAAAAUAUAAUUUUUUGCUAAUCAUUUCAGCACUAGUUAUUUGAAAAAUAGCACAAAGGCUAAAUAUAAACUGUUGAAACUGAAUAAAAUAUAUAUUUUUGAGAAACAUGUAUGAUUUUAAAUUUGGUGUCAGCACAUUUCAGACAUGAUGGGGCAGGACAAACAAAAGACUUGGCACAGAGUUAGCAUCUGUAAUAGUGUCAGAGUGCAGCAGUGCACACAGCAUGGAUAACUUUCAUGUCUGUGAAGGCACCAUUAUUACUGAACAAUACAGGUGUUGGAGUAAA